AUGGCUGAACCGUAUAAACCAUAUGUGCAGCAAUGGCUGCAAAAUGGAUUAAAACCAAGAAGGAAUCUUUUUUUGCAGCAAAUCGAUGCACGCUUAUUAGUUGAGCAAGCACAACAAAAUGUUCGUUAUAAAGUAGAAGAACAGAAUCGAGGUAUGGGCAACUGCAUAGAUUUUGGUCGUCCAAGAUCGUCAAAAUUGCAGCUAAACCAAGCGCCUGAUUUACCAUUGAAUAUCAUUUCACGACAACAAUCGAUCGUUUCACCUUCAUCAAUAAAUUGUACAAUUAAUCAACAAAAUACGAAUGCUAUUGGUACGCCAUCAUCGUCGGGCGUUUCAAGUGCAUCAUCAGCAGCAACGUUAAUAAAUGCAUUAAAAUCACAUAAUGAUACUACUACUACUACUACUAAUAAUAAUAAUAUUAACAGUCGUUUUCCAUAUGUAGCAUUAUUUGAUUAUGAUGCAAGAACUAAUGAUGAUUUAACAAUAAGAAAAAGUGAUUUACUGGAAAUAAUUUACAAAAAAAAUGCUGCAUGGUGGAAAGCUAAAAAUGAAAAUGGACAAGAAGGUUGGAUACCAUCAAAUUAUGUUGCAAAACGUGAUAGUUUAGAAUCAGAACCAUGGUAUUUUAAAUCAAUACGCCGAAUUGAUGCUGAAAAACAGCUUAUGUCAGAUGUGAACGAACAUGGAAGUUUUCUUAUACGGGAUAGUGAAACGAAAAAGACUGAUUUUUCAUUAUCAAUUCGAGAUACUGAUUCUGUAAAACAUUAUCGAAUACGUCAAAGUGAAGAUGGUCGAUUUUAUAUAGCACGCCGAACAACAUUCACUACUUUACCUGAACUUGUGAUUCAUUAUUCCAAAGUGUCAGAUGGAUUAUGCGUAAAUUUAAGACGCCCCUGUGUACAUAUUGUUAAACCUGAACCUGAUGGUUUAUCACAUAAUCUUGUUGAUAAAUGGGAGAUAUCGCGACGUGAUAUAAAAUUAAUUCGACGGCUUGGCCAUGGACAAUUUGGUGAUGUUUGGGAAGGUGUAUGGAAUGAAAAUGUAGCUGUAGCUGUUAAAACACUGAAGCCAGGUUCCAUGAAUCCAGUUGAUUUUUUGGCAGAAGCUUCUAUAAUGAAACGAUUACGUCAUACAAAUCUUAUUCAAUUAUUUGCCGUGUGUACCAUCGAAGAACCAAUUUAUAUCGUCACAGAACUUAUGAAAAAUGGAAGUCUUUUAGAUUACUUACAAAGUUCUCGUGGUCGACAACUUAAAAUGUCGGCAUUGAUUUAUAUGGCAACGCAAAUUGCUCGAGGAAUGGCUUAUUUAGAACAACAAAAUUAUAUUCAUCGAGAUCUUGCUGCUCGAAAUGUUCUUGUUGGUGAAAGUAAUACUGUCAAAAUAGCUGACUUUGGUUUAGCAAGAAUAAUUAAGGAUGAGACUGAGGAAUACGCUGGAGGUAUGUAUGAAGCAAAAGAAGGCACGAAAUUUCCCAUAAAAUGGACUGCACCUGAAGCUGCACUUUACAAUCGAUUUACAGUCAAAAGCGAUAUUUGGUCAUAUGGUAUUCUAUUAACAGAACUAGUAACAUUUGGUCGUACUCCAUAUCCUGGUAUGACCAAUGCCGAAGUAUUACGACAGGUCGAUCAAGGCUAUCGGUUACCUCAACCAACGAAUUGUCCUGCAUCUUUGUAUGCAAUCAUGCGUGAAUGUUGGCAUGCGCAACCUGAAAAUCGACCAUCAUUUAGUACAUUACAAUAUCGCCUUGAAAAUGAAUACACCGGCGAAAAUCCUGAAUUCAGCAAUUAG